AUGGCGUACUCCACGCUGCAGAGGGUGGCCCUGGCCUCGGGGGUCGUCCUGGCUGUGUCGCUGCUGCUGCCCAAGGUCUUCCUGUCCCGCGGAAAGCGACAGGAGCCGGCGCCGGCGCCCGGAGGAAAAUUGGGCCGAUUUCCACCUAUGAUGCAUCAUCACCAAGCACCCUUAGAUGGCCAGACCCCUACAGCGCGUGCCCAGAGGUCUCACCUUGCAGAGGCCUUUGCAAAGGCCAAAGGAUCAGGUGGAGGCACUGGAGGAGGAGGAGGUAGUGGAAGAGGCCUGAUGGGGCAGAUUAUUCCAAUCUAUGGCUUUGGGAUAUUUUUAUAUAUACUGUACAUUCUAUUUAAGCUUUCAAAGGGGAAAACUACUGCAGUGGACCGGAAAUGCUCUACCGCCACCACACCUGGAGACACCUUCAGGAAAAUUACCAAUUUUGAGCUUGUUCAACUGCAAGAAAAACUGAAGGAGACAGAGGAAGCCAUGGAAAAAUUAAUUAAUAGAGUGGGACCUAAUGGUGAAAGCAGAGUACAGACUGUGACUUCUGACCAAGAAAAACAGUUGCUGUAUCAGCUCCGAGAAAUCACCAGAGUCAUGAAAAAAGGAAGAUUCACUGACAGGCCCACUCCAGAGCAAGAGGCUGAGGAGGCCCCUUACAUGGAGGACUGGGAAGGUUACCCUGAAGAGACUUAUCCAAUUUAUGACCUUUCAGAUUGCAUCAAGCGUAGGCAAGAAACAAUCCUGGUGGAUUACCCGGACCCCAAAGAGCCCUCUGCGGAAGAGCUAGCUGAAAGGAUGGGAGUGCUAGAAGAGUCAGACCAUUUGGGUUGGGAAGUGCCCACUGACGGCAGAGCCCAGGAAGAGAAUUCUGUUACUUCGUGUGACCCAAAGCCAGAAACAUGUUCCUGCUGUCUUCACGGAGAAGAGGACCCCGCUGUCUUGGUGGAGAAUGCUGGAUUCAUGGCAGACAGUUACAGUGAGCAGGAGGACACCACCCAGGAAGCGUGGCCCCAGGACUUCAGAGAUGAGGGGCUGGGCGUCAGUGCUGACAGAGCGUGUACUGGGGGCACAUUGAGGAAGCGGAACCCCCAGGGUUUAGAGUGA